UUGAGUGACAAAUUUUUUAAAUAUAUUUUUUCAAAAUAAAAACAGUUUAAUAUUAUAAUUGUCUAACCUUAGAAAUAUGAAUAAAAUUCCAGACAAAGAAAGCGAUAGAUUAAAGCAGCUUCAAAAAAAAAAUAGGGAUCUUAUUUCAAAAAUGAACUUUCGCAUGGCAAAAUUGAGUACUCUUGAUAUGGCAAAUCGUUAUCCUAAAUCAAGUCAACCCAAUUAUCAGUACAGUGCCAUUCAAAAUUUUAAUAAUUGUUGUUCUAAAUCUAAUAUAAGCAAAUUAUCUUCGGUUAAAUUAAGAUUAGAUAAAAGUAGCAAUGAAAACUAUUCUGCUAGCACACCUAAACAUUUUUCAACUAAUUGUAAAUCAGGAAAGUUCCAAAACAAUUUGAAAUCUGUUGGAAAUAGUCGAAUAGGAAAUCCUGUUUUCUCAGUUACUCCGAAGAAAAUUCAAUCAUUUACUAAUCAGUUGAAAGAUGACUUUAAGUCUCAAAUAAAAACUAAUAAAAUAUGCUUUGCUUACGAUAUGAAAAAGAAAUUUAAAAAGUAUCAUAAGGAAAAACUAGAUUGCUCAAUGUUGGGGUAUGAUUGGAUUGUAGGCAUGCUUGAAAACGAUUCUUAUAUAAAUGAAAAAUCAGAAGAAUUUUAUGAUGAAAUUUGUAAGUUUCGGCAAACAAAUGCUGAAGAUUGCAGAAGUGAUACAUUUCUCCCAAGUGAAUACUCAGAAAAUAUGCAGCUUAGGAGUUCAAUUAAAAGUAAAUCUUUAUCCUGCAAAGGAAGAUCGUACAUGAUAAAUAAUCGUUUAAAUUUUAUUCCAGUUCAGAAUUUUAGAAAUAUUUUGUGUGACACAAGCAAUAAUCUUAUUUCAAAUUUUAAAUCUGACUGUGUAAGAGUCACAAUACCAAAGUCUGCUUGCAAAACUGAGUAUAAGGUUAGGUCACACAGGCGCAAAAGUUUUGAUCCAAAUGAUUCUGUUGCUUUAUCUAUGCAUUGCUUAGCUGGUUGGAAGAAUUCUAAACCAUUGCUGGCACCUGGACCAAAAAAUAUUGACCUCAAAUCACAUAUUUUACCCCAGAAAUCUAAACUCAAGUUGAAAACAAAAUGAUGCGAAAUGAUUAGAGGUUGCAUAUGCAAGCAAUUUGACGCGAAAUGAUUAGAAAUUGUAUAUGUUAAUUAGUUAAUAGGAAAUUAUUAGAGGUUGUA